AUGCUGCGACAGUUGCCCAGCCCCAACACCUGCCCACCUGCACACCAUGCCACCAUGCCACACGCCAUGCCACCCUGCCCACGCCCGCAUGGUGUUUUACAAAGCUAUAUGAGAGGGGCGGGAGGAGGAGUGGUGAGAGGAGCUCCAGGCAUGCACGCACUGCUGCACUGGAGGAGGGGAGGCGCGGGAAGAGCAGGCGCGGGAAGAGCUGGCGCGGGAAGAGCAGACGCGGGAAGAGCAGGCGCGGGAAUGGAGAGGCGCGGGAAAGGAGAGGCGCGGGAAAGGAGAGGCGCGGGAAAAGGGGGGCGCGGGAAAGGAGUGGUGAGAGGAGGCGCUAGGCGCGUACCUAGAGUAGCACGGACUCCCCCCCCGCCACCAGCUCGCGCACCAUCUCCGCGCUGCCCGCCAUGGCGCGCCCCGCGUGGCGAAUCAUUUCCACGCGUGGUGGCGCAUGGCCCUGAUGCGGAGCAGCGCACGACCCAUCCCCGCGCGCUUGUCCGCUCCGCACUCGCCACCCUGCGGAGAGGGACGGGCAGGGAGAGUGAAAGGGGCGAGAGGGAAGGGGGGGAGAGCGGGACGAGGGGAGAAGGCAGGGGGGAGAGGCGGAGAGGAGGCGUCACGACUGACAAGGCGCGAUAUGGGGACUUGCUUGAGAGUGGUGGCACGGCGGGUGGCGCUUGCAACAAGGGUGCUUGCAGGGAGCACGCGGAAUCACCGUGGGCUGCGACACUACUGGCGCGGCAGGCGUCCUACUAUUCGCUCACGCUCGACGAAUUCCAGGCGACGUUCGCAGGGGCGUCGCACCAACGCCGUCUGGCUCCGUCUGGCUCGCCGAGGAGUCGCAGAUGUUCGCCGCCGCGAAAGCCGCUGGGCGCGCAAAUCCGCGUGCGUGUGACAGGGCUGCUGUGCGCGUUCUCGCUGCGGCGGCAGAACUCCAGUGCGGCGAUCACUCGGGUCGCUGGGAGCGCAGGGAGCGCAGGGAGGGGGUUCACUGGGGUCGCUGGGGGAGCUGGGGGAAGCAAUGGGAGUGCAGGGAGCGAUGGGACCCGCCCCUCCAGUGGUGGGAUUGCGAUGGGGGUGGGCAUGGGAGUGGGCAUGGGCGGAGGCGUGGGCGGAGGCGUGGGGAUGGGUGGGGGAAUGGUGCCCACUGCGUAUGGUGUGGGCGCAGGCAUGGGCGCAGGUAUGGUCGCAGGCAUGGGCGCAGGAGCUGACCUGGUGCUGCGCUGUGCAGGCCCUUCCAGCCAGAACCGCACUGCACCGUUUUGGAAGCUGCCAUCCGCACCAAGGUGGGCGCCCUGCCUCUCGGGUGUCUUCCUCCUCUCUCCCCUCCCGCACCUGCAUUGCGCCCCACACACCCUGCAUCACCGCUCCCCCGCUCUACCAGUCACCUGCCCCCUACGGUACCGCCAUUGUGCUUAUCUGCCCGAUGCCGUCAAGAAGCUGGCGCGGCGGCUGUUGUUUGACAAGAGUGCGAACGACAACCACGAGCGCAGCAUUCUCACCAAGCUCAAGCAGCAGUGCGGUGGCCACUUCACCUCCAAGAUGGAGGGCAUGGUGACGGAUCUGACGCUGGCGCCGGAGCAGCAGGCGGCGUUUGAGGAGUAUCUGGCGGACAACCCCGGGCACAGUCCGGGCAUAGACCUCACCGUCACCGUGCUCACCACCGUCUUCUGGCCCUCCUACAAGUCCUCCGACCUCGCGCUGCCCGCUGAAAUGGUGCGGUGUGUGGAGGUGUUCAAGGAGUUUUACCAGACGAAGACCAAGCACCGCAAGCUGACGUGUAUCUACUCGCAGGGCACGUGCAACAUCACGGGCAAGUUCACAGCGAAGCCCAUCGAGCUCAUCGUCACCACGUACCUGGCCGCAGUGCUGCUGCUCUUCAACGCGUCCGAGCGCCUCACGGACGAGGAUAUAGUGCGCCUGCUGCACUCGCUCUCCUGCGCCAAGUACAAGAUUCUCGUGAAGAAGCCCGCCGGCAAGACCAUUGAGCAGAGCGACGUGUUCGCUUUCAACCCCUCCUUCACAGACAAGAUGCGGCGCAUCAAG